AAAGUUUAAUGUUUCUUGUGCUGGGGGAGACAAAGGGGAUAAAUUCUUUUCCAGCAUAGUUGGUCCUAAUGAUAGAGAAGAGCAGUUCAUGUUUAAUGUGCUUUUAAGAGGAAGCUGUUCCAGGAAUGGAUCCAAGUUUCCAGAGUUUGAUAUAUUUUUGCUGCUGUUCGAGGAAAACUUCCUCCUCUCAUGUGAAGAGAUAAGGUUUGUUGUUGGAGUUCUCUUUGUGAACAAGGAAAUUGGACUGGCCAGGUUUGUGAAAUGUCUCUGAACGGAUAUUCCAUGGUAGCUGAGAAGGGAUUUAUUUGCAAUUAUCCGUGCUGUUGUCUCAGCCGAUUUAAAGGUGAGAAAGGACUGCAGGGAAUCCCUGGGAAAAUCGGACCCCCGGGAUUGAAAGGAGACAAGGGUGACCCAGGCGCUCACGGGGUAAAAGGUGGUAAAGGCGAUGCAGGAGCCCCAGGGAAAAUUGGACAGAAGGAGCUGGAUGACCUCCAUUGCAAGCAGGGUGCCAGAAAUUGCAAAGAGCUGUUGGCCAAGGGGGUGCUCCUGAGCGGCUGGUACACCAUCUACCACCGGGACUGUGUGCCCCUAACGGUGCUGUGUGACAUGGAUACCGACGGAGGGGGAUGGAUUGUCUUCCAAAGGCGAGUGGACGGCUCUGUGGAUUUUUACCGGGACUGGGACUCUUACAAGAGAGGGUUUGGAAGCCAGCUCACGGAAUUCUGGCUGGGAAAUGACAACAUCAACCUGCUGACCUCCUUGGGAGAGAAUGAACUGCGCAUCGACCUCACCGAUUUCGACAACAACCACGUAUUUGCAAAGUAUGCGUCCUUCACAGUUUCGGGGGAAACGGAUCAGUACCGGCUGGCACUCGGGAGUUUCACUGAAGGCACUGCAGGUGAUUCGCUCACUGGCCACAACACCAUGCCUUUCUCCACCAAGGACAAACAGCAAGACCCUGAGAAUAAGAAAUGUGCAGAGGCAUAUAAAGGAGCCUGGUGGUACAGCAAUUGCCAUAACUCUAACCUCAAUGGGAGGUACUGGCUGGGGGCCCACAGCUCUUAUGCCGAUGGAGUUAACUGGCAAUCUGGCAAGGGGUACAACUACUCCUACAAGCGUUCAGAAAUGAAAUUCAGGCCAGUGGCCUAGCGGAGAAAAGCGAGAGAUGUGACUUCCAGAUGUGACUUUCAGCUGGACGCUCCUAGGCAUGUGGGCUCCUCCUCUUCCAUUGCACUCUGAUAUGGUCUUCAUUCCAGAUUGGCCUGCAAGAUCUGCUUUUCCUCUCCCUGUAAUAGACGUUGUUAAGUGACAGCCGCCUCCACUUGGAUGAAGCCAUGCUUUGGAAUGAAAGAGAUUAUGAACAGCUUCUGUGGAAGGCGUUUUCCAAAAUUGAGCCAUCCUUCUGCAUCACCAGUCAUCGCUUGAUGUCUUGGCUUACAUCCAUGUAACGUAUGCCAAACAGUAGGCAGAACCUCCCCCCCCCCAAGCUAUAUCAGUGAAACCUUAUGAAGUUGUACAACAGUGUACCAAGAGAAUUGUGAAAUAAAGGUUUCCCCCCUAA